AUGGUUCAAUCCAACAAAGAUGAGCACAAGCAACUUGCCAACGACCUCAAGAAACCCGUCUUCGUCCAAUACACUUCAAGGUUGUGGAAAACCCAGAAAGGGCAAGGUGCUGGAUGCCUGGAAAGCACAACCAGGAAAUCUUGUAUCAAAACAGUGCAAACUACUGUUGACGGCUUACUGCUUAUAGAGCCACUUGAUGUCAUUCAUGAAGAUGAUAACACUGAUGUUGUUAAUGGAAGUAGGGACGAUGGCAUUAUCGAUCCAUUUUGA